UGAAGAAGCAUUUUGACUAUUUUAGCUCUGCAACUUCCCUGAUUUCAGCUCCAAAAUUCUUCACUCUUCAUUCUUCAAUCUCUCGUAAAUCCUCUGGAAAAAACCCCUAAUUGUUAGGGUUUUAGUAAAACUCUUCAAAUUCUCGUCAAAAUUCACUUCAUUGUUUCAUUUUUGAAGUUUCAGCGAAUCAAAAUUGCGAAAGUUGUGAUUCAAAUCGACGAUCUAGAUGAAAACUAGGGUUUUUUUACUCUGUUUUCUCAUCCUUUCGUCGAAUUUCUCUCAUUUGCAAUCGGAGGAAACGAAGACUAACAAAUUCCGAGAACGAGAAGCUACAGAUGAUUCCAGUGCUUAUCCAAAUAUAGAUGAGGAUGAAUUGCUGAAUACACAAUGCCCCCAGCAUUUGGAGCUAAGAUGGCAGACAGAAGUUAGUUCUAGUGUGUAUGCCUCGCCCUUGAUAGCUGACAUUAACAGUGAUGGGAAGCUUGAGGUUGUAGUUCCCUCGUUUGUUCAUUACUUGGAAGUUCUGGAAGGUUCUGAUGGAGAUAAACUGCCAGGAUGGCCAGCUUUUCAUCAAUCUACCAUUCAUUCCAGUCCUUUACUGUAUGACAUUGACAAGGAUGGAGUGAGGGAGAUAGGUUUGGCCACCUACAAUGGUGAGGUGCUCUUUUUCAGGGUGUCAGGAUACUUGAUGUCUGAUAAACUUGAGAUUCCUCGGUUGAAGGUAAAAAAGAAUUGGUAUGUGGGUUUGAAUUCAGUCCCUGUGGACCGUUCUCAUCCGGAUGUCCACGAUGACCAACUAAUCCAGGAGCAUCUGAUGGAAUCUGUAGUUCGUCAUAAUGCAUCUAGUCACAGUGGCAACCAUUCAGACUCUAUAGCAUCGGCUGUUCACAAUGAGACACAUUCUGUUCUGGAAGAAGUCCACCAUGAUGCAUCUAGUCACAGUGGCAACCAUAAUGCAUCUAGUCACAGUGGCAACCAUUCAGACUCUAUAGCAUCGGCUGUUCACAAUGAGACACAUUCUGUUCUGGAAGAAGUCCACCAUGAUGCAUCUAGUCACAGUGGCAACCAUAAUGCAUCUAGUCACAGUGGCAACCAUUCAGACUCUAUAGCAUCGGCUGUUCACAAUGAGACACAUUCUGUUCUGGAAGAAGUCCACCAUGAUGCAUCUAGUCACAGUGGCAACCAUAAUGCAUCUAGUCACAGUGGCAACCAUUCAGACUCUAUAGCAUCGGCUGUUCACAAUGAGACACAUUCUGUUCUGGAAGAAGUCCACCAUGAUGCAUCUAGUCACAGUGGCAACCAUAAUGCAUCUAGUCACAGUGGCAACCAUUCAGACUCUACAGCAUCGGCUGUUCACAAUGAGACACAUUCUGUUGUGGAAGAAGUCCACCAUGAUGCAUUUAAUGCUUCAAUAUCUUUGCCAUCAGAAGUUUCACAUGACAACUCUUCUAACAUGGCUAACUUAAACAAUAGUAUUCUGAGUUCUGAAAAUGAGAAAAUUAGGAAUUUGGAAAAUGGAACCAAUACCGGAAGAAGGCUUCUUGAAGAUGACGUGUCAAAAAGAGCUGAGGAAGAUGUUCAAGCUGCAACUGUGGAAAAUGAAGAAGGUCUAGAAGCGGAUGCUGAUUCAUCUUUUGAGUUAUUUCGUGACAGUGAUGAGUUGGCAGAUGAGUAUAAUUACGAUUAUGAUGAUUACGUUGAUGAGCACUCGUGGGAUGAUGAAGAAUUUCAGGAGCCAGAGCAUGAGAAAGUAGAGGAUUAUGUGGAUGUUGAUGCUCAUGUUUUGUGUACGCCUGUCAUAGCAGACAUUGACAAUGAUGGGGUGUCAGAGAUGAUUGUUGCAGUUUCCUAUUUCUUUGACCAUGAGUACUACCAAAAUUCGGAGCAUUUGAAGGAGCUUGGAGACAUUGAAAUUGGAAAAUAUGUAUCUGGUGGUAUUGUUGUUUUUAAUCUAGAUACCAAGCAAGUUAAAUGGACUCUACAGCUGGACCUAAGUACUGACUCAGAGAACUUCCGUCCCUACAUCCACUCUGCCCCUACGGUAGUUGAUUUGGAUGGUGAUGGAAAUUUGGACAUUCUAGUUGGGACCUCUUAUGGAAUGUUUUAUGUCUUGGAUCACAAGGGGAAAGUGAGGGAUAAGUUUCCUCUCGCAAUGGCUGACAUCCAAGGAGCAGUAAUUGCAGCUGAUAUAAAUGAUGAUGGCAAGAUUGAACUAGUUACUACAGAUUCACAUGGCAAUGUUGCUGCAUGGACUGCACAGGGCAAAGAAAUUUGGGAAAAUCAUCUUAAAAGCCUUGUUCCUCAGGGACCUGCCGUUGGUGAUGUGGAUGGGGAUGGCCAUACCGAUAUCGUUGUUCCAACAGUUUCAGGGAAUAUUUAUGUUCUGAGUGGCAAGGAUGGCUCCAUUAUACGCCCAUAUCCUUACAGGACUCAUGGUAGAGUGAUGAAUCAAGUUCUUCUUGUUGACUUGACCAAACAUGGGCAGAAGAAAAAAGGGCUUACAAUCGUUACUACAUCAUUUGAUGGUUACUUGUACCUCAUAGAUGGACCUACAUCAUGUGCUGAUGUUGUAGAUAUUGGUGAAACAUCAUACAGCAUGGUCUUGGCUGACAAUGUUGAUGGUGGAGAUGACCUCGAUCUUAUUGUGACUACCAUGAAUGGCAAUGUCUUCUGUUUCUCGACACCUUCUCCACAUCAUCCCCUCAAGUCAUGGAGAUCACCUAACCAAGGGAGAAAUAAUGCUGCAUAUCGAUUAGAUCGUGAGGGAGUCUAUGUUACUCCAUCAUCAAGAGCUUUCCGUGAUGAAGAAGGCAAAAGCUUUUGGAUUGAAAUAGAAAUUUUUGAUAAAUACAGAUAUCCAUCUGGGUCUCAAGCUCCAUAUAAUGUCACGGUGAGUUUGUUAGUACCUGGCAAUUACCAAGGUGAUAGAACUAUUAAGCAAAAUAAGAUAUUUAAUCAACCUGGAAAACAUCGGCUUAUGCUCCCAACUGUUUCUGUGAGAACUGCUGGUACAGUGUUGGUGGAGAUGGUUGACAAGAAUGGGCUAUAUUUCUCUGAUGAUUUCUCCUUGACAUUCCAUUUUCAUUAUUAUAAGCUGUUAAAAUGGCUUCUCGUUCUUCCUAUGCUGGGGAUGUUUGGUGUGCUUGUCAUUCUUCGUCCGCAGGAGGCCAUGCCAUUACCAUCAUUUACGCGAAACACCAACCUCUGAUGUUGCACAAAUAAAAUACAACACAUCUUCAUCGGGUUAUAGAAAUGAGGCAUCUUCUCCAGCUGGAACUUUGAGCUGACAACGGCCUUUGUGGCCAGCGGGAAUGUUCAGCAAUUCAACUGUGACUAGUACGUUGAACUGUAUAGGAAAAAGGGACAAUUGCUUUUGAUCCUACCUGAAUAUGAAUUGUGAGCAUACAAGUCGGUUUGUGACAUUAUUGUACCCCCUUCCCCAGGUGUAACUUACUUAUAAUUGUUAGACACAUUCGAGUAAACAAUGACUAUUUAUGGAACCACAAGUUUGUUCCAAGGCGGUUAACUUUCAUUUCCCUCAGAAGUUUUGUACUCUUACUUUAGUACUGUAUGAUGACAAUAGAGCUAAGUUCGACCAUCUUAUUGAACCACAUUGUUCUUCUGUCA